AUGAUCUAUAGUAAGGAUUGCUUUGUUCCAUUUGUUGAGUUUAUCUUGUAUCGUGAGGAUGUCUUAACAAAGCCUCCAAUUGAUGGAGAUCUCUGGAAAAUUAGAGCAUUGUUGAUUCAAUAUAUUCAAAGUAAUCCGAAUCAUCCAAGUAUCCAAUUAACCAAUAUUUCCGAAUUUUUAACUUAUCUUAUUCAGUUUAACUUAAUUAGUGGAAAUCUGUUGAAAUUCUCAAAAUUAUUGAAUAGCAAUGUUGGAUUAGAAAUUACUCCCCCGAAAUUAAUAUGGAUAAAUGUUAGUGGUAUUCUUCUUUUGAAAGCUAGACUUCAGGGGGGUUCUUUUCCUCAACUGAUGAUCGUAAGUGGCAUUCAUAGACCUCAAAAGGAACCGAAAACAUUGUUUGAACUUUUAGAAACUCCAAAGCUUAAGAUGGAUCCAAUCUAUUCUCAUGAGAUUGUUCUUAAGACAAGCUUUACAUUCAAUCCAGACAUGUUAUUCGAACUUAUCAAAAGACCAACGGCAAGAACUAUAUUAAGCAAAGAAAGAGCUAGAUUAAAGACCAAGAAAGUUUUCUUUUAUAACGUUUGUAACGAUUCUAAUCAUAAUCACAUUUUAGGAACAGUGGGGCUUAAUAAGAAAGAGUAUUCACAAUAUGGAACUAACAAACAGAUGAUUCCCCAAGCUACAGUACACCAACGGAUAUCUCAAAGUAAAAACAUGAUAUCCAAUGAAAUUUAUAAAUGUUCUCAAUGUAAGAUCCAUUUUUUACCUAUUAUUAACAAUCAUACAGAUUUAAAUUUAGGAGAUUGUUCUUAUUUAGAUACUUGCCAUAAAAUGAAAACUUGUCGCUAUUUACAUUAUUAUACGCUCAAUCUGAAUUCGUCACAUUAUCUGCUGGAUCAGAAAGAAAACGAAGAAAACAAUCAGGUUCAUGAAUAUUCAAUCGGUGAUUGUUUUAGUGAAUCAUUUAGAGAAGUGUUACCCGCACAAUGGAUCAAUUGUGACAUUAGAUAUUUACCAUUCAAAAUUCUCGGCAAAUUUGCAGCAAUUAUUUCUGAUCCUGCUUGGGAUAUUCAUAUGUCGUUACCUUAUGGAACAUGUAAAGAUGAAGAAUUGUUAUCGUUACCAAUGCACGAAUUGCAAGAUGAAGGCAUUAUAAUGCUUUGGGUUACUGGUAGAUCCAUAGAAAUUGGAAGAAGAGCAUUAUUGAAAUGGGGAUAUAAAAUAUCAGAUGAAAUGAUCUGGGUCAAACUAAAUCAACUUAAGAGAACAAUCGUCACUGGAAGGACUGGCCACUGGUUGAAUCAUUCCAAAGAACAUCUUUUAGUUGGCUUGAAAGGAAACCCAAUUUGGAUUAAUAGAAAAAUAGACAUGGAUGUUGUUGUUAGUGGGACAAGAGAAACUCUGAGGAAACCAGAUAGAUUUUAUGAUAUAGUUGAGAGAUUAGUAGGGAUUCACUCUCGAAAGCUUGAGAUAUUUGGUAGGGAUCAUAAUACAAGACCAGGAUGGCUCACAAUUGGAAAUCAAUUACAAGGGGUAUCAUUAUACGAACCAGAAGUUAAAAGAAGAUACGAAGCUUAUACACAAAGCAACAACUUGCAUUUAAAUUAUAAUUAA